AUGAAGCUCCUUGCUCUCCUCUCCGCCGCCGCCGGUGUCUCGGCUCUGCCCCAGGCCCAGCAGGCGCAGGCCAACUACAACUCGUUCUCGGUGAUGUCCGCCCGCUCCGGGUCGCCGGUGCACCUGCUGCCCUUGAACGCCGCCUCCGGGGGCUUCUACCUGGGGCUGCAGAACGCCUCCAGCUACUGCCCAGACCAGGUCGCCGAGCUGGGCGCCUGCCCGCCUGGCACCGAGACGGUGUUUGAUGCCGGUGCCAACUCUUUGGACGUCUCCGUCCCCGGCGGCCAACAAGUCUACAUCGCCCCCAGCGGCGCCCUGGCCUUCACGCAGCCCCACUCCGCCUACCUCCCCGCCGGCUCCGUCGUCGGCGCCUUCAGCUACUCCCAGACCGCCGGCGCCACCUUCGGGUACUGGACCCUGCCCAACAGCGGCCUGAUCGCUUGCCCGGUCCCCGCUGCCGCCUCUUCCUCCUCGGCUGCCCCAUCUGCCACCCCCGCUGCCGGUUCCGCUGCUGCGACCGCCAGCAAGUGGCAGGUCUUCGCUGCCUGGAGCAACGCCACUGUCCCCUCCGGUAACGUCGGCGACUGCCUCGGAUUCGAUGCCUUGGCCGUCGGUCGCAAUGGCAGUGCCGCUGCUUGGGAGUAUAUCUAA